AUGACUGCAUUCAAUGCAUACUGGUUUUUAUACGAGGCUAUCGAAACAUUAGUCGAAAAACAAACAGUUUUGAUCAUAAUUAUGUCCGUUUUAACGACCCAAUACUUUGUCGCCAUAUUUCUGGUCCCUUUAAUCCCUCUGUUUAAAGAAAGAUAUUCAAAUGAACAAAGCGAAUAUUCACGUCAACAACCCCGAGGUCCACCUUCAGAAUACUCUGCUCUACCUCCACCAUACUCUGUUCUAUCUGAAGAAGACGGAAAUUCAGAUGAAGAAACCCAAGGUCUACCUCCACCAUACUCUGUUCUAUCUCAACAACAGAACGAAAAUUUAAAUCAACAGAACGGAAAUCCAGGUCAAGAACCCCAAGGUCCACCUCCACCAUACCCUGGUCUAUCUGAAGAAGACGGAAAUUCAGAUGA